CCUGCCAAACCAGAGGCACCUUCGCUGCUGCCGCCCUUCUCUUUGGUGUCAUUCAGCGGCUGGCCAGAGGAUGAGACUCCCCAAACUCCUCACUUUUUUGCUUUGGCACCUGGCUUGGCUGGACCUGGAAUUCAUCUGCACUGUGUUGGGUGCCCCUGACUUGGGCCAGAGACCCCAGGGGGCCAGGCCAGGAUUGGCCAAAGCGGAAGCCAAGGAGAGGCCCCCUCUGGCCCGGAGCGUCUUUAGACCAGGGGGUCACAGCUAUGGUGGGGGGGCCGCCAAUGCCAGGGCCAAGGGGGGCACCGGGCAGACGGGAGGCCUGACACAGCCCAAGAAGGAUGAACCUAAAAAGGUGCCCCCCAGACCGGGUGGCCCUGAACCCAAGCCAGGACACCCUACCCAGACCAGGCAGGCGGCACCGCGGACGGUGACCCCCAAGGGACAGCUUCCUGGGGGUAAGGCACCUCCAAAGGCAGGAUCUGUCCCCGGCCCCUUCCUGCUGAAGAAGGCCAGGGAGACUGGGCCCCCUCCAGAGCCCAAGGAGCCGUUCCGCCCGCCCCCCAUCACGCCCCAUGAGUACAUGCUCUCGCUGUACAGGACGCUGUCCGAUGCUGACAGAAAGGGAGGCAACAGCAGCGUGAAGUUGGAGGCUGGCCUGGCCAACACCAUCACCAGCUUUAUUGACAAAGGGCAAGAUGACCGAGGUCCUGUGGUCAGAAAGCAGAGGUACGUGUUUGACAUUAGUGCCCUGGAGAAGGAUGGGCUGCUAGGGGCCGAGCUGCGGAUCUUGCGGAAGAAGCCCUCGGACACGGCCAAGCCAGUGGCCCCCAGCAUCGGGCGGGCUGCCCAGCUGAAGCUGUCCAGCUGCCCCAGCGGCCGGCAGCCGGCAGCCCUGCUGGAUGUGCGCUCCGUGCCAGGCCUGGACGGAUCUGGCUGGGAGGUGUUCGACAUCUGGAAGCUCUUCCGAAACUUUAAGAACUCGGCCCAGCUGUGCCUGGAGCUGGAGGCCUGGGAACGGGGCCGGGCCGUGGACCUCCGUGGCCUGGGUUUUGACCGGGCUGCCAGGCAGGUCCACGAGAAGGCCCUGUUCCUGGUAUUUGGCCGCACCAAGAAACGGGACCUGUUCUUCAAUGAGAUUAAGGCCCGAUCAGGUCAAGAUGAUAAGACUGUGUAUGAGUACCUGUUCAGCCAGCGGCGAAAAAGGCGGGCCCCACUGGCCACGCGCCAGGGCAAACGGCCCAGCAAGAACCCCAAGGCCCGCUGCAGUCGGAAGGCACUGCAUGUCAACUUCAAAGACAUGGGUUGGGAUGACUGGAUCAUUGCACCCCUUGAGUACGAGGCCUUCCACUGUGAGGGGCUAUGUGAGUUCCCCUUGCGCUCCCACCUGGAGCCCACGAACCACGCAGUCAUCCAGACCCUGAUGAACUCCAUGGACCCUGAGUCCACACCACCAACCUGCUGUGUGCCCACACGACUGAGUCCCAUCAGCAUCCUCUUCAUUGACUCCGCCAACAACGUGGUCUAUAAGCAAUAUGAGGACAUGGUUGUGGAGUCUUGUGGCUGCAGGUAGCAGCACUGGCCCUCCAUCUUCCUGGGGGGCACAUCCCAGGAUGCUGGUCACAAGAGCCCUACCCUACACUCCCAGGAGCAAAGAGAUUGGGAAGCAGCAGCCAAAAGCACCUACACAGCCUGUGUGGAAGGAGGGGUUCCAACAGCCUUGCUCUUAAUUUCUGAGUGGGACUGGGUUUGAGGUUCCUUUCUAUCCACAAGUCCCCUUGUCUGAGGAUUUCUGCUCUUCUGCUGCCCUGAUCCAGGAAGACAGACUUGAAUGGGACUAAGACC